UUUUCAGUACUGGAACUUACAUUAUCCGGGAUGGUCAUAGCCCUCUAUUGUUGAAAAGACAGAGAAAAACAAUUGACAAGUACAUAAACACUUGAAGAGAUGGCAAAGCAUCGAUUCAGGGAAAGAGUUAAGUCCUUUUUUGGAAGUCAUGCUGAUCCUGAGAAAGAUGAAGAGCUGAAAGGAACCAAAGCAGAAAUUGAAGAGAAAAUUCAGAAGAUCUUAGCCUAUCUUAAAGGAGAAGAUGGUCGAGAUGAAAAAGAACCACUGGUGGAGGCAGUUGAAGAUUUUCACAAUCAUUACCAAUCACUGUAUGCUCGUUAUGAUCAUCUCACUGGAAAACUGAGGGAAAAUGUACACGAGAAAGAUAGUUCUUCCUCCAGCUCAGACUCGGACUCAGAUUCAGAUGGCAGUACGAGAAAAAAGGGGAAGAAAAAUGGUAAACUGAAAUUCACAGAAGUAACAGAUGGCAUCAAGGAAGAAUUGACAAGUGCAAAUCUAGAAAUAGUUGAGUUGAAGGCUCAGCUGAUGGCUGCGAACGAAGAAAAGGAGGCCUUGCAAUCCGAGCACCAGAGCACUUUGAGGAAAUUGCAAGAAGCAGAAACAACAAUCUGCAGUUUGACUAGUGAAGCUGAAAAGUUGAAGGAGGAAAAUUCAAAGCUUCUAGGUGAGACAGUGGACCUCAACGAGAAUUUGGAGAAAUCUGCAAAAUUAGAAGCUGAAUUAAUGCAGAAGCUGGAUGAAAUAACUAAAGAAAGAGAAAGCUUACUCUUGGAGAAAGAAGCCAUGGGAAACAGCAUUUUAGAAGGCAAUAGUACUAUUGAGGAAUUAAGAACCACUAUGGGGCAGUUGAAGGAAGAGAAAGAAACCCUACAGAUAGAAUUGGAAGGCCUAAAAAGCGAACUUCCCUCAGUGAAGGGACAACUAGAUUCUGCUGAAAAAGAAAUAGCUCAGCUAAGUCAAACGCAAAAGGCCACAGAGGAAGACAAUUCUUCACUAUCAUCGAAAGUUUUACAGCUCUCGGAGGAGAUAAGGCAAGCUCAACAAAAGAUCCAAGACCUUGUGACUGAAGCUGACCAGCUAAAGGGGAUGCUAGAUGAGAAAGAAAAGGAGUUCUCUUCUCACAAGGAGAUACAUGAUGCUCACAAAACUGAAGCAUCGACUCGUUUAAGAGGUAUGGAACUGGAGAUUGGUUCACUGCAGUCUCAGAGAUCAGAAAUAGAGAAACAGAAGGAAGAUGAGCUCUCUGCAUUGCUGAAGAAACUUGAGGAAAAGGAAGGGGAAUUCUCAUCCCAGAUGGAAGCUUUGACCACAAAGAUAAACAAUAUGCAGCUUGAAAUUGAAUCCUUAAAUGAACUGAAAGGCAAGUUGGAGGAGGAAAUGGAGCAACAAAGAAACAAGAUGUCAGCUGAAGUUGAGGACUUAACAAACGAGGUGAAUAAGAAGGACCAAGAAUUGGAGUCUCUUCGCGGCCAGAAACUUGAAUUGGAAGCAGAACUGGAGAAGAAAACACAAGAAAUUUCAGGAUUCUCAAGUGAGAUAGAGAGUCUCAAGCAGGAUAUAGCAAACAAAUCUGCAGAGUCACUGAAAAUUCUGGAAGAGAAAGAAAGUUCUCUUUCACAAGUGAAGGACCUAGAAGUGGAGCUAAAAUCACUUCAGAAUCUGAAAUAUGAGUUGGAAGAGAAGCUGACAAGCAAAGAUGAGACAAUUGUUCAGUUGAAAAACGACAAGGAGAUGAUGCAAGAUAAAAUUUCUGAAAUUGAGAGGGCAUUAACUGACAGAGGAAGUGAACUAGCCAUUUUAAGGAAGAAAUCUGAAGAUGGAGAAACUGAAUCAUCUGCUCAGAUUGCUGCCUUAACUUUGCAGGUGAGCAAUCUGCAAGAGCAUUCGGAGAAUUUGCAAGUUCAGAAGUCUCAAAUAGAAUCUCAACACGAGGCAAAAGCUGGAGAAGCAUCAGAAUACCUCACCCAGUUGGAAAUUUUGAAGGAGGAAUUAGCAAGGAAUACAUCAGAUGGCCAGAGAAUGCUGGAAGAGAAGGAAGGCCUAGUGGUACAGGUCAGGGAGGAAAAGGGAAGUCUCCUAAGCAAAAUAUCUGAACUGGAGAGUGCAUUAGCGGAGAAACUGGAAGAGCAUGGAACCAUGCAAAAGAAGCUAGAGGAAGUGCAAAAUGAAGCUUCUACUCAGAUUGCUGCCUUGACAGAAGAAGUUAAUAAGUUAAUGCAGCAAACAGAAUUGCUCCAAACUGAGAAAAGCCAGCUGGAGUUGGUAAUUGAGACAGGUAAACAAGAAUCCACAGAAAGUUUGGCACAAGCAGAAAAUCAGAACACCGAAUUAUCACAAAAGCUUGUGGAUCAGGAAAUAAAGCUGAAAGAGAGGGAGGAAGCAUUCGGGAAGUUGGUGGAAGAGAAGGACAGUUUAGUGAUACAGGUCAAUGAUCUCCAGGCUGAAGUGAAGUCACUUUGUGAAAAGAUUAGCACAUUGGAAGAAAACACAAGCAAUACAAACAAUGAGAUCAGUCUGCUGAAGGAGGAAAAGGAAAGUUUCCUCCUGAAAAUAUCUGAACUGGAGAACUCAUUAGUCGAGAAAGUUGAGGAGCAUCAAGCCUUGCAAAAGAGACUAGAAGAUGUGCAAAAUGAUACUUCUGCUCAAAUUGUUGUCUUGACAGAAGAAGCUAAUACAUCCCGGCAGCAGAUAGAGUUACUGCAGACGGAGAAAGACCAGCUGACAUUGGCAAUUGAAAGAGGUAAACAAGAGUCCACAGAAAGUGUGGCACAAGCAGAGAGUCAGAACACUGAAUUAUCACAAAAGGUUGUGGAUCAGGAAUUAAAGCUGACAGAACAGGAGGAAGCGCUCGGGAAGUUAGUGGAAGAGAAGGAAGGUCUAGUGGUACAGAUCAAUGAUCUCCAGGCUGAAGUGAAAUCCCUUUGUGAACAGAAGAGUACCUUGGAAGAAAACAUAAGCAGUGCAAACAAUGAGAACAAUCUACUGAAGGAGGAAAAGGGAAGUCUUUUAAGCAAACUAUCUGAUCUGGAGAAUGCAUUAACCGAGAAAGUUGAUGAGCAUGGUCAGACUUUGGCACACGCAGAGAAUCAGCACACUGAAUUAUCACAGAAGAUUGUGGAUCGGGAAAUGAAACUUAAAGAACAUGAGGAAGCAUUUGGAAAGUUGGGCGAGGAGCACAAACAGCUUGAUGGUAUGCUGCAGGAGUACAAGGAAAGUCUCAAACUUGCAGAAAUAAAGAUUGAAGAGAUGACAGAAGAAUACCAGAAGAAUCUUGAAAGUAAAGAUCAGAAAAUAGAUGAACUUGAUGACAAGAUUGAAGAUCUGAAGAGGGAUCUAGAAAUGAAAGGAGAUGAAAUCAGCACACUGGUGGAGAAUGUUCGGAACACUGAGGUUAAGCUUCGAUUAACCAAUCAGAAGCUUCGAGUGACUGAACAGUUGCUGACAGAGAAAGAAGGGGACCACCAGAAGAAAGAGGAGAAGUUACUGCAACAUCAAAAGUUGCUGGAAGAGAGGAUUGCAACAUUAUCAGGAGUUAUCACUGUAUACAAGGAAACUCAAGCAAAAAUAAAAGCAGACCUUUCAAAUAAAGUAAACGACACUUUGACUCAAAUGGAUACGUUCAAUAUGAAGUUCGAGGAAGACACUGGUCACCUGGAGUCCCGCAUUUACGAAAUAUUGAAUGAGCUUAAGGUUGCUUUGAACUUGAUCAAAGUAACAGGUGAAGAAAAGAAGCAGCUGAAGAAGGAAGUUGACACUCUAGUGCAACAACUGAAAGAUGAGAAAGAAUGUGCAUUGGUGCUAAAAGAGAAGGUUGAGGAAUUAGAAUUCGCAGGGAAAACCGAGGUGACUCAGAGGGGUAGUUUGACAGAAACAAUUCACCAACUUGAACAGAAGAUAGCUACAUUGCAUAAAACGUUGGUGGAGAAGGAUGAAAAGAUGGGAGAGUAUGAAAGGAAGAUGAAUGACAAAGAUAAGGGAAUGUUAGACUUGAGUGAGGAAAAACGAGAGGCGAUAAGGCAGUUGUGUAUCUGGAUUGAUUACCACCAGAAUCGCUAUGAUGAUCUUAUAGAAAGGAUCUCAACAAAGACUAAGGGAAAAAGGCAAGUAACAGCUUGAAAUUCCUGUGUACAUCAUUUUUGCUUUGCUUUCCUGUUUACCUUUGUUUUGGUACUUCUAUUUUGGAGUGAUUGGUCGUUUUUUACUUCAGAAGAUAAGUGAUAUUGUUGCUGGGCCUUAGUUUCUUUGAAAUACCCUUUCUUUUAGUCUGUAUAGGCAAGUAAUGCUACCAUUUUUUCAGUACUGGAACUU